UAGUUCAAGCCUAGAGCUAAGCCAGCCCAAAAUUGUCCACAAGACCUCGUUACAGCAGUUGAGAUGGUAACCGAGGCCCGAAGGGGAGCCUGAGAAACUAGAGCACAUGUUCUCUCUCAUGACUCGAUGGCUUUCGAAGACCUUCCAUGUCCCUUCCAUGUGCUUGCACCGUUCUUCAAGCUUCAGAAAUUUUCAGCCGAAAUGGUUCUCAGGUUUCCCGAAUCUCUGUAAAAGGGCUCAUGGCCAGUUUGCUUAUCAGGUUUUUCGAUUCUCUGGUUUUCUUAUUUGUUUCUUAAAACUCUGAGCUACCCAUUUACAGUAAUGUUUAGAAGACUACAUAUUUCAACCCCUCUGACAAUAAGGUUACAAUCUUUGUUAAAAACCCACUGUUUUGCAAUUUUCUCAGCUGGGUAUGUUACGGAUACCAGUGAUAGGGUCUUAAAUACUAAUGGGUCAGAGUCAGAGAAUGAAUGGGAGAAGAUGCUUAAGCCGUUUGACCUCAAUGAACUUAGGAAGUCACUCGUUCAAAUCACUCCAAUUCAGCUUUGUAAGUUACUUGAACUUCCACUCGAUGUGCCCACUUCGAUGGAGAUAUUCGAGUUGGUAGGUGCCCAGAAGGGCUAUUGGCAUUCUUUUGAUGUGUACUAUGUGUUAAUUGAUAAGCUUGGGGCGGCCGGGGAGUUUAAGGUUAUAGAUAGGUUGUUGAUGCAGAUUAUGGAGGAAGGGAUUGUGUUUAGGGAGUCCCUUUUCAUUAUGAUUAUGAAGCAUUAUGGAAGAGCAGGUCUGCCCGGACAAGCAACUAGGCUGCUUUUGGAUAUGAGAGGUGUUUAUUCUUGUGAACCAACUUUCCGAUCUUAUAAUGUUGUAUUGGAUAUACUCGUGGCUGGGAAUUGCCCGAAGGUUGCUCCCAAUGUCUUCUAUGACAUGUUGAGUAGGGGUAUCUCUCCCAAUGUCUACACAUUUGGGGUGGUUCUGAAAGCACUUUGUAUGGUUAAUGAGGUGGAUACUGCUUGCUCGCUUCUGAGAGACAUGACAAAGCAUGGGUGUGUGCCAAAUUCAGUGGUUUACCAGACUCUUAUACAUGCACUCUCCAAGAAUAAUCAAGUGAAUGAAGCAUUGAGACUUUUGGAGGAAAUGUUUUUGAUGGGUUGCACACCUGAUGUUCAGACUUUCAAUGAUAUUAUCCAUGCUUUCUGCAAGGUCAAUCGGACUCAUGAGGCAGCAAGGUUAGUUGAUCGGAUGCUUCUUCGGGGGUUUACUCCUGAUGAUGUAACUUAUGGUGUUUUAAUGCAUGGAUUAUGCAGAACAGGGCAAGUUGAGGAAGCAAGGGCAUUGUUGAACAAAGUGCCUAGCCCAAAUAUUGUGCUUUUUAAUACCUUGAUAAAUGGGUAUGUUAUGAGUGGACGGUUUGAUGAAGCCAAAGUUGUUCUAUAUGAUGGUAUGCUAGGUAGUGGCUGUGAACCUGAUGUAUAUGCAUUUAACAUACUGAUUCAUGGACUCUGCAAGAAGGGCCGUUUGGGUUCUGCUCGUGAAUUGGUCAAUGAGAUGGAAAUUAAGGGUUGCGAGCCCAAUGUGAUAACUUACACCAUAUUGAUUGAUGGGUUCUGCAAGGAGGGCCAACUGGAGGAAGCUGGUGAUGUUUUAAAUGAGAUGUCAUACAAGGGAUUAAGUCUGAAUAUUGUGGGAUACAAUCGUUUAAUAUCUGCUCUAUGCAAGGAUGGGAAAGUUCAUGAAGCUUUAAAAGUGUUUAGUGAAAUCUCAAGCAAUGAAUGUAAGCCAGACAUAUUUACAUUUAAUUCUCUAAUAUAUGGACUGUGCAAGGUUGAUAAGAUGGAAGAGGCCUUAGGGUUAUACCGUGAUAUGGUACUGGAGGGUGUUAUUGCCAACACUGUUACUUACAACACAUUAAUUAAUGCUUUCUUGACUAGAGGUGCGAUCCAAGAAGCACUUAAGCUUGUAAAUGAAAUGUUAUUUAGAGGAUGCCCUCUUGACAAAAUAACCUAUAAUGGACUAAUAAAGGCACUCUGCAAAGCUGGAGCUGUUGAAAAAGCAAGGGGAUUGUUUGAAGAAAUGAUAAUGAAGGGACUUCAUCCCAAUAGUAUCUCAUGCAAUAUUUUGAUUAAUGGUCUGUGUAGAAGUGGCAAAGUAUAUGAUGCACUUGAGUUUUUAAGAGAUAUGAUUCAUCGGGGUUUGAUGCCAGACAUAGUCACUUAUAAUAGCCUGAUAAAUGGUCUGUGCAAGUUGGGACGCAUUUCGGAAGCUUUGAAUCUCUUUGAUAGGUUACAAGUUGAAGGGAUGUGUCCUGAUGUUAUUACUUAUAACACGUUGAUCAGUUGGCAUUGCAAAGAGGGCAUGAUUUAUGAUGCUUGUUUACUUUUAAAUAGAGGUGUGAAUAACGGGCUCGUUCCAAAUCAUUUGACUUGGUAUAUACUGGUCAGCAACUUAUUUAAAGAAAGAGAUGAGGAGAAUCAGAGCUAUAUUGUUUAGGGAUUGGGAGGAAGCUUGAUUGUAGUUUGCUUUAGUGCAAAUCAUUGCAAAUACUAGAAUCCCUCUGGUUUUGUUCGGAUGUCUGCCCUCUGAGCUUUUAUGCUUGUGGUAAUUGGAGGUGGAUAUGGAAGUACUUUAUUAUGAUUUUCUGCCCGGAAAUGAUACUCCAGAUUUUGAUUUGAGCACUUUUGAGUCAUGUUUGGGUUGGCGCUUAGGGAACAAGCUGGCUGGCUGUCUCAUCUCGUCAAGAGUUUUUUGCUGGUUGAAGCUGAACAAAUUCACAUUAUGAUGUGAGAGGUUUAUGCUUACAAGCACUCGGCAGGCAAAAUUGAGUGGAGGAGGUGGAAAAUAGUAAUUCGUCAAAGGAUCAAGUUAUCAACUUGUCUAAAGGACGAACAGUAUUCGUAAUUCUUAAGGUUGUUCUCCUUACUCCUCAGACGUUUUGGCUUUCAGUCCACAUGAUCACUAUAUGUAUGCCAUAUAUUUCAAGGGGAAUCCUCAUUUGUAAUCGAUGCAAGUACAAUAUACAGCUUGUUGUUUGGGACCUUUAAAAGUGUCAUAUAGAAGAGGUUAUGGCCAUGAUCUGAUAAACCCAAUGCAGCACAUUAUGGAUAAUCAUUUACCUUGGUGGCACUUGGAAUUGUGCAAAUUCUAGUCAGAGCUGAUCCAUGACAACAUGUGAUUUUCAUUUUAAAAUCAUGAUGGUGUUCUUUUCUUGUGUGAUUGUUCUACCCUGGGCAGAUACAAAGAUUGGUUAUUAUAAAUGCGAGACAAGCAGCAUUUUUAUGCUUCUUUGUUUCUGCUCGAACAAAUUUGACAACAUAUGUUAUCGUCAUUGCUGCCGUGACUUUUCAUGUUCA